AUGCAGCUCAACCCCUCCAACAUGUCUUCCUCUACUGCACUUGACAAAAUCAACGUUGUCAACGACCCUCGGGUCCGUCGCUGCUCUGCCGCCAUCAAUGGCAAGACAUAUGGAUAUCUCCUCGCCGAGCCUGAGGGCGGCUUUACUCGCACGGUCUUCUUGAUUCACGGUUUCCCAGACUUGUCCAUGGGAUGGAGAUACCAGAUUCCUGUCUUUCUCAACCUUGGCUUCCGCGUUGUUGCUGUUGACUGUAUUGGAUAUGGACGAUCUGAUGCACCAACUGGGUCUCUCGACGCCUAUUCCUACAAGUCGCAUGCCGACGAUUUGGCCGAACUUGGAAAGCAACUCGGCUGCGAGAAUAUCGUUCUCGCCGGUCAUGACUGGGGCUCGGUGAUUGCCUCCCGUUUUGCUCUCUACCACCCUUCUUUCAUUUCCCAUCUCAUUCUCUUCGUUGUCCCAUAUCUCCCUCCCUCGCCGAAAUAUAUUGAUACGGCAGAUCUCGCCAAGAUCGUCCCCACUGUUGGGUACCAACUGCAAUUCGGCAGCGCAGAAGGUGUGGUUGAGUCCCAUACUCAAGACAAGGAAGGUAUCCGUGCUUUCCUCAAUGGCCUGUACGGUGGGGCCACUCCUGAAGGCAAAUUUGCCAUGGACUCAACCCGCGGUUUUGACUUCGAGGUGGCCACCAAGCUGGGUCAUACGAGAUUGCUCAGUGAGGAAGAACUGAAGUAUUACGUGGAGGAGUACUCGAGAAAUGGACUCCAAGGACCUUGCAACUACUACCGUAUUCGCCAACAGAGCUGGACGAAUGAGCAGUCCCUCCUGGCCCAGGGUAAAGAGGCGAUCUCAAUCAAGUGCCCUGUGCUUUACGUUCAUGCGCUUGCUGACCUUGUGGUCAACUCUGAGAUGCCCAAAGCCAUGGUACCAUUCGUGCCAAAUCUCACUGUGAAAGAAGUCGAGGCAGGGCAUUGGGCUCUGUGGCAGAAGCCAGCGGAGGUUAAUGCCUUUGUGACGGAGUGGCUGCAGCAGCAGGGACUUGUUGGCUCGGCUAAGCUCGAUAUAGGUGUUACGAAUAUGAAUUCUGGUUUUUCUUGGCAUGAAGUCAAUUUUAGUCGACAAGAAAUCACCCCUCAUUGGCUUACGCCCCCAAGACGGCGGGAUGAGCGAGAACAAAGUGACAUUCAUGACGCCGUGGUUGAGGAAAGUGACGAUGCGCAUUCCAUUAUAACCCCUUCAAAGCAUACUCCAAAGGCGUUUCGAGUCUUACGGGGCUCUGUAUCAGCUGGUGGGCCUCUGCGUCCUUUUCGAUUGGUGAAGCAGGAUAUCGCCAACCUGCGCCGGCGAUAUGUUUCGGACUGGACUAUAUUCAACCAAUUGAUCUUCGCUAGCGCGGUAUAUGUAUUCUUUACUAACCUCCUCCCGGGGAUCACUUUUGCCAGUGAUUUGUAUGUCUUGACGGGCAAGACAUGGGGAACGAUUGAGGUUGUGUUUAGUACCGGACUCUGUGGUAUUAUUUUCUCUUUGUAUGCUCGGAGAAUAUCUAUGCAUUCAAAUCCGCCACUUGUGCCUUUCCUCCCUUUCAUGGCAUGGUCCUUGAUUCAUGCAGCCUGGCUGCAUUAUAUAUUAGCCAUAAUCAAUGCUCACGACUGGACUAUGCGCUACGUGACAACAUUCGCCACAGAAAUCUUCUCUCUCUUGAACAGCAUUAUCUAUUUCCACAAGGCCAUCCAGGAGCUUGAAAGAGCACACGACACUCUCUCAUUCGCCGCUUUUCUAUACGCGGUAAUCGGCGCCGUCGGAACUAUGCUCCUCGCCAUCUUUCUUUCCACAGCCGAGAGUUGGAAGCCUUUAUUCCAUCGCUACAUCCGAAUGGGGCUCACAGAGUACGCCGCCGCCAUAUCCAUCAUCGUCUUCAUCGCCAUGCCCCAUAUCGGCGAAUUGGCACACCUUGACAAGAUGACUCUUCCCGUCAGUAGCUCCUUCAAGCCUACAUCACCAGACCGUGAUAAGUUUUUCGUCGAGUUCUGGACCUUACCCGUCGGAUGGGUCUUCGCCGCCAUAGUUCCAGGAAUCAUAAUCACUAUCCUCUUCUUUUUCGAUCACGAAGUAAGCUCCAUCAUAUGCACAAUCGACAGAUACGGCACCAGCAAACCCGGCGGCUUCGCAUGGGACAUCAUCCUUCUGGGCACAACAACCGCCAUCUGCGGAAUCCUGGGCAUCCCACCCGCCAACGGUCUCUUGCCCCAGGCUCCCCUGCACUCCGAAUCACUAAUGCAUUCGGAGCGAGAACAGCGCACCGUCGUGACAGAUGGCGAAGAGAAAGUUGAGACGCACGAAGUUAAGCGCGUUUACGAACAGCGCUGGUCCCCUUUCUUACACGCAGGGGCUAUCCUUCUUUUCGUCAGUCCACCUUUCAUGAAAGUCCUCGGCUUAACGCCGACGAGUGUUCUCGCCGGUUUAUUCAUGUUUAUGGGUGAGCAGAGCUUAUCGGUCAAUCCUAUAUUAUACCGAACCUUUUACCUUCUUACUCCUCCAUCUGAACUUCCUUCUUUACCAUCUUCACUUGCGAAGAAACCAGGGGUUCUGGAUCUUAAUGAUAGUAGCACUCCACCACGCCCCUCUUAUAUCCCCAUCCACCUAUAUACUAUCCUACAGAUCGUCAUCACAGUGGCUAUCUUCAUCGUCACCCUGACGCGAGGUGCUCCCGCCUUCCCCGUUUUGAUCGUUGCUCUUGUUCCCUUCCGCCUGCUAGUAAUGAAACGCUGGUGGCCGCGCGAGGCCCUCCGCUUCGUCGAUGCCUGGGCUUGUAGAGAAGGCACUCCUGAGGACGAUGAAGAUGCAGAGGCAAAGAAAGAUGAGCUUAGCGGUGAUGAUAUCACCGGUCGUGCCGGUCUGGGUACCGAGGCACUUGAAAUCUUUUCCUCACAGUUAGAUGAGUCCAGACGUAGGCCAUCUGGGACGCAUCCUGGGACGCCAGCUGUGAUAUCUAGAUCUACGUCUCAUCCUGAUGAGGUUGAUAUUGCGGAUAGGAGUGACUCUGGACAGGAGUGGGUGGAACUUGAGUAUCGGACGCGACAAGACGAGGAAUUGGGUCGGUCGAUCAAGGGGUGUUGA